ACAAAAACAAAAAAACUAACCCCCUCCUCUCCCCUGCUCACCUGACUCGCUCACCAAACCCACUCUGCUCUUCCUCGAUUCCUCCUCCCGGCGACUCCGCCGCCGCCGGGGGAUUCGACCACCUCACGCGGAGUGGAGAUCCAUCCAGACUUCUUGGAUCGAUAUCCUCUCUUGCUGGUAAUCAGCCAUGGUUUUUCUUGAAGCAGAGAUGUCAUGGAAUGUGCUGAUCUCACCUAGAGAGUUGAGUCCCAAGGGUCUCCUUCUCCGCAAGUCUAUCAUUGUGCGUCUUCUGGAGGACGUAACAAACAGGAAGGCUUCCAAGGAACAUGGCUACUACGUUGCUGUCAAUAAGCUGAAGGCGAUAUCUGAAGGGAAAGUGCGUGAGCUUACUGGAGACAUUCUGUUCCCAGUCACAUUCACCUGCAUCACACAAAAGCCUAUGAAGGGUGAGAUCAUGGUUGGCUAUGUGGAUAGGAUCCUCAAGCACGGCGUGUUCCUCAAAUCUGGACCAGUCGAAAGCAUCUUUCUGUCUGAGAAGUCGAUGAGCGACUACAAGUACAUUGGUGGGGAGAACGUGAUGUUCAUGAAUGACCACUCGAAGCUGGAGAAAGACACCGCCGUGCGUUUCAAGGUCAUGGGAUUCCGCUGGAUGGAAGCUGAUCGCCAGUUCCAGCUCCUUGCUACGCUGGCUGGUGACUUCCUUGGGCCACUGUGAACUGCUUUGAUAGGCUAAACGCUGUUCUGCUGUACAUUGCUCGGUAGAUGGAUUGGAUGGGUCUGAAAUGUGUUAUGUAUUUCGUGAGGAUAAUGCUAGCUGCUGAUGCCAAUGUCAUUUGGCUCCGUGUUUAACUUGUCACUAUGCUGUGGUGAACCCGUGUUUGCCAAUGACUGUUCACCUUUCUACUUGCUUGCACUGUUACAUGUUCUUUGA